UUGAGGCCUAAAGCUCAUGGCCGUGAAUCUCAAGCCCCGUGGGGCAUAUAACCCCGCGACGGGCGCUGCUGGGCUCAGUGCUGCUGCUGCGGUCAAAGUCUCAGCAAGGAAAACUCUGCAACUCUGUAGCGCCAUGAAGCUGAUGAUGCUGAUGCUGGUGCUGCUGGGCGCCGCCUACACCGCCGAGGCGACAGGAGAAGUCCAGGAGUCACGGCAGAGCACCAUUGAAGAGUACAUAAAGUUGUACAUCAACGGUCAACUGAAGAAUCCCUGCUGCAACUCCUGCAAAGACUUGAAGGGCAACGUGGGCUGGUGCGAGUACGUUUGGAACGGCUGCGGACAAUACGCGGAUGCGCCUCAGAAGACAGGCUGUGCAGAUAGAUACUGCAAAUGCUGCGUCUUUAAAAUUCCUAUCGGAUAAAAUAAGGAUUGCUGGAGCUGCCAUUGAGGCGAGGAUGUGCAGUGACUGCGUCCUAAACUCCUGCUUCUUGAAGAUGUAGCGUCGGUGUUCCCUGCCGUCUUCAUCAAUAUCUAUGACAGUGAAUAGUUCGUGUUACAAUCUAUAGAAGUAAUUAUAAUGCACACCUAAA